AUGCCCUCUGAGACAGACCCCAGUGUCGAUGCUGGUGGACUUUUCAUCACAACGAGCACCGCUGACGAGACGAUUUGCUAUGUCGCUUAUCGCUAUGCCUUCAUACUACCCGAUAAAUCCCAUGACGAUAUCAUCAGAAAGUUCCUCCCAACAGACACAUUCCUGUUUGAUGUAGCCCGGGGUGGCAAUGUACCUAGAAAGAUUGUCGUGGUAGCGGAUGAAUUAAUCUUUGUCGGAAACUUCAAAUAUUGCUUCACUGGCCAUGAUAUUACCAUUCGGUGCCGCAAGCUCAUAUUCAUUCCCCGAGAUGAUCAGCCAGUCGAGAUCGAUGUAUCUGGCCCUGAUCUUCCGGCCGAUAAGUCAGUGGGGGCCAAUGGUGCUGAUGGCGAUAACGGAGAAGUUGGAACAACGAGUUAUCAGUACUAUGAAAAAGAAACCAUGAACCAUCCAGGAUUGAACGGUGGGGAUGGGAAGCAUGGUGUCGAUGGUAUCCAGGGCCAUAUGGGCAGCAAGUUUGAGCUGAGCUUCAAGGUCAUUGAUGUACCUAUCAACAGGGAUAAAUCGUGCUUCAAGAUUCUUGCAAAUGGCGGACAAGGAGGCGAUGGCGGCAAAGGUGGGAGGGGUGGCUCUGGAGGAAAUGGAGCAGCAUUUGAUUACGACAGACAGGCUGAUGAUACAGACAUGCUUAAACAAAAACCAGAAUGGUAUAAAGAAGUUUACUCUGGCGGCAAUGGUGGGAAAGGAGGAAACCGAGGUGCUGGUGGCACUGGAGGCAAUGGCGGAUUCAUAAAAAUAUGUAACGCUGGAACCUCCGAGAAAUAUCGACAGGUGUUGGAGGCGAUUUUCUAUUCACAGGCUCGGAAGGGCGUAGUUGGAACACCUGGGGAGCCGGGCGACGGUGGCGGCGGCGGGACCUCUUCGAAAAAACCCGAUAUAAUCAUCUUUACUUAG